AUGAGUGGUCCAUAUAGAGGUUCCCGAUGGGCCUCACAAGAUGGUAGGCCGCUAUCCAACGGUCGAUUAGGCGCAGAGCUGUCGCCGCCACGCGGGCUGCACGCUCGGCUUCCGUCAUACGAGGAUCAGCAGGGUCAUGCGCAGCAGGCUCAGGUGCAGCAGGCUCCGGCGCAGCAGCUGGUAUACUGGGAGCAGCAGCAGCAGCAACAGCAGCAGCGGCAGCAGCAGCAGCAGGUUCAGCAGCAAUGGCAGGAGCCGCCGUUGCGGAUGCCGCCAGCGCCUGUGCCGUACGGCCAGCGGCAGCACCAGCAGCUGCAGCAGCAGCAGCAGCCGCCUCGGUCGGGCCUGAGUGCGCGACCGCGUGCGACAGCCAGUGCGUCGUACGAGCAGCGACCGUCGUACGAGCAGCGGCCGUCGUACGAUCACCGACCGCCGUACGAUCACCGUGCGUCGUUCGAUCAACGGCAGUCGUACGAACGAAGGCCGUUAUCCGCAUCUCCCGGUAUCGCCGCGGUUCGCUCGUACAGCACGGACGCUCCCCCCGAUUUCUCCAAUCCGCGACCGCUUUCGGCAGCAGCGGGCGUGCCACGUGGCCGCAGAGUGAGCGACGAAGAUAGGUACGGCGGAGACGACGCGACGUCAGGUCGACCAAUGGUUGACCGACCCGCGGAAGGUCGACAGACCGGUUCUUCAUCCGGUUAUCCCGCAAACACUUAUCAGGCCCCUCAUCAGGCCCCUUAUCAGGCCCCUUAUCAGGCGCCUUAUCAGGUGCCUUAUCAGCCGCCGCAGGCGCCUUACCAUCAUCCGCAGCUUAGUCCUCACGGCGGCGAUAUCGCGCUGAAGAAACCUAUCAGUCCGAGACAGGGGAGAAGUCCUAGUAGAGCCCUUAGCCCGCUCGCUGCUGCCGCGUUCGGCAUGCGAGGGGGUUACGGCGCGCCGGGGAGGGGGAAUGAGGAGUGCGUGUACGGGGAAGACGAGGAGGGGGAGGAGGAGGAAAGCCGGGAGCGGAGCUUGCGCGCGGGGAUACUGAGAGGCGCGGCGGCGCUGAGAGAGCGGCAAGCGGGGUCGUCGGACGACGGCGCGAGCACCUCCCCCACGUCGAUAGGCUCCCCCGGGGUUCUGCCGGGCGGGGGCGCGGGAUGGAGCGGAGGGGCCGGCGGAGGAUUAGGAGGCGCGGGCGGAGGAUCUGAGCCGUCGAAUCGUCCCAGCACUGCGAGCAGCACCAGCAGCACCAUGAGCGGCGGCGGCGGCGGGUUUGGCGGAGGGUUUGGCGGAGCGGGGAGUAGCAGCAGCAGCAGCAGCAGCAGCAGCACGGGGGUGACGGUGAUACGCGGAGUCAUGGCGGGGGGGUCUGUGGGUAGAAGCGGGGGAACAACCCUAGCGGGGAAGCAGGUGGUGAUUCGGAUUCGACCAAGGGGGGGGUCCAUAGACGCGUCGCACGGAGUGGGUUCUACCAGCAGCGGCAGCGGCGGUGGCGGAGGCGACGGCGGCGGCGGCGGCGCGGACGUAGGCAGUGGCGCGGCGGCAGCGGGUUUCACGGCGACGGUGACGGCUGUGCUUCCGGCGGGCGCAGCUUCCCCCCAGUCCCCGUCUAGCGCGCGCAGACGGGAGGGGGGGAAGGCGGGCACGCCUGGCGCGGGCGGAGGGAGGCUAGAGGGGUUAGGGAGGCACACAUUCGCAGCGGGUAGCACAGGCGGCGAUGCUGCUGUGGAAGGCGGGUAUUCCCGCGAGGCCAACCUCACUCUCCCUGGGAAGCGAACCGACGCCUCGGGCGAGCCUAGGUUCAAAGGUGUGACGCGGCUAGGCUCGGUGGCUUCUGCCGAAGCAGUAGCCGCGGCAAUCGCGGAGGCGGACGCGGCAGCAGUGGCGCAGGCGGGGAAAGCGGGGUGGGAGCCGCCUCUCAGCCCUACAGGGGUGCCUGCCAUCCCCGCGGAGGGCCGUCUGAGCAGUGAGGGAGACGUUUUUCUGGAGUAUCUGCGCAAGGCGGGGGAGGGGAGGGCAGCUGCACAGUAUGACGUGGCUGUGUGCUACGGAGGGGGCUUUGGCGUGAAGCAGGAUAAGUCCCUCGCCGCGUACUGGUUUAGAAAAGCGGCGGAGCAGGGUUUAGCGCGCGCACAGUACGCUCUAGCGGAGUGCUAUGAGUCAGGUGCGGGCGUGGAGAAGGACGAGGAGGAGGCUUUCCGGUGGUUCUUCCGGGCGGCGAGUUUCGGCAGCGGGAAGUAUUUGGUCAAGCUGGGGCUGUGCUUUGAACGGGGGUUUGGAGUAACGGAGUGCCCUGUAGCGGCGCUGUACUGGUAUCACAAGGCGGCGGAGCAGGGGCCCAAGUUUGCCGCGCAGGUGGAGAAGCGCAUGGAGGUGCUGCAGCGGCAGAGGGAGGAGGAGAUCAUGAGUGCGCGUGGGGAGGGCGUGCCUGUGGAGUGCAUCUGCCCGCUGACAGGGAGGGUGAUGGAGGACCCGGUGGAGCUGCCGGAGACGAGUGUGUGCUGUGAGCGCGUGCAGGUGAAGACGUUCUGGGACCACUGCGAACUCAGAUGCCCCGUCACCAACCAGCCUCUCAAGGUGAAGGACAUGAAGACAAAUCUAGCCAUCCGGCGCCGAGUCACUGAGUGGAAGCGCAAGCGGCAGGCGGAGCAGGAGGAACUACAGGGGCCAAUGGGGCCUCGGGCGUCCACCAGCCAGGCAGUCGUUAGCGAUGAGUGGGGGGCGGAAGGGGAAGAUGAGGGGGAGCAUGGCCGGGCUUAUGGGCUGCACGAGGAGGAGGAGGAGGAGGAGGAGGAGGAGGAGGAGGAGGAGGAGGAGGAGGAGGAGGAGGAGGAGGAGGAGGAGGAGGAGGAGGAGGAGGAGGAGGAAGGGGAGGAGGGUGUGGGUGGGACGGCGGUGGGCAGGGCUGGGCUGGGGAUUGUGGGAGGGAAGGGGAAGGGAAGAGGUGGAGAGAAGGAGGGAGAGAGGACGAAGAGUCGGUUUUCUAGGGAUCUAUCGGAGGAAGGGGAGAGGAGUGGGGCGAGUGAGAGUGAAGGGGAGGAAGAGGAGGAGGUUGGUGGGAGGUCGAGGGGGGCAGGUGGAAGGGAUGCAGGGGAUGGGGUUGGAGAGAGGAGGAGGAGGGGGGAGAGGAGGGAUAGGCACAGUGAUAGUGAUACAGGUUCGUCGUAUGUGAGUGAUGAGGACGAUUAUGAUGAUGAUGAUGAUGAUGAUGAUGAUGAUGAUGAUGAUGAUGAUGAUGAUGAUGAUGAUGAUGAUGAUGAUGAUGAUGAUGAUGAUGAUGAUGAUGAUGAUGAUGAUGAUGAUGAUGAUGAUGAUGAUGAUGAUGAUGAUGAUGAUGAUGAUGAUGAUGAUGAUGAUGAUGAUGAUUAUGAUGAUGGGGAGGAGCGGAGGCACAGGCACAAGAAGAAAACGUAUGAUGAUGAUGAUGGGUCUGUGGAUGAUAAAUAUGAUGACGAAGAUGAGGAUUAUACUUCUAGUGAGUACGACAGAAGCGAGGAUAGAUCGACAGACGGUGAAGGGUACAGGGAGGGGAGCAGGGAGAGGAGCAGGAAGGGGGUAGACCGUAGGAGUAGUAGUCCUAGAAAGGGGUCAGGGAGGGGGCGAGGCAGCAGCAGCAGGGGGAGGAGGGAUGAAGACGGGUCGGACUAUAGUGACAGUGACUACAGCCAUAGUGACUCUAACGAGGGGGAAGGCGAUGAGGGGGGCAGAGGUGGCAGGGGCCGAUCCAGUGGAGGGGCAGACAGGAGCCGAGAGACAAGCUUCAAGUCAAGAGAGGGGGACAGCGAGGAGGGAGAGGUGGCAGUGGGGCGGGCGUUGGGUCAUGAUUCGUCCCGCGACUUGUCUCACAGCUACAGCCGGGAUUCAUCCCGAGCGUACAGUGAGAGCGUGCCAUCUGAGCCGUCCAUGCGGCGAGAUGCAUCCCUGGAUGAGCCUGGGAGAGCGGCGGUGCUGAUGCCCCGGGGUGGGUCUGUUGGUGGGUCUGUUAGGCGGGAUGGGUCCAUGAGAGGGGAGGGGGUUGUUAGGAAAGAAGGGUACUUGUCUGGUGAGGAGGAUGGAGACAGAGGAGAGGGGCUUGGAGUGAGAAAAGGUGAGGAGGAGGGUGAAGAGAGGGAAUGGAAGGAGGGAGAGAUGAAAGGAAGUGUGAGCGGAGUGGGAGUGGGUGAGAUGGAGGGUGAGGGGUUGGGGAUUGGGGGGGUUGAGACGGAGGAGGCAGCAGAAGGGUUUGAGGAAGAGGAGGAGGAGGAGGAGGAGGCGGAGAGGAGGGAUCCGACGGAGCUGCUGCUGGAGGAGCUGGCUCAGGCCGAGCUGGACUAUGGCUUCCCCGGGGCUAAUGUCAGUGGUCUUUCCACUAACUGCUCUUAUUGCUGGGUGCUCUUAUCACUAACUGCUCUUAUUGCUGGGUGCGCUUAUCACUGCAUCUCAAUGUCCAGGCACGCCCCUCUGCCUGUCCCUCUAUCUCUCCUCCCCCGAUCCCAAACCUGCCUGUCUCUGGAGGCGAGUGAGUCCGCGCACGGUGAGUCGGUGGAACAGCACGCGGGAGGACAGCCUGCAGGCUGUCAAAAGCGUUGUGGCGGAGGUGAGCGGGGAAGGGGAGGGGAGGGGAGGGGAGGGGAGGGGAGGGGAGGGGAGGGGAGGGGAGGGGAGGGGAGGGGAGGGGGAGGGGAGGGGAGGGGAGGGGAGGGGAUAGGAGAAGUGGGCUGGAGUGUAUAUAUGGGAGGAGGGGAAGGGAGGAGGGGGGGAAGGUUAGUUGAGUGUGAUCCUUGCAAACGCCCCAUCCCCCCCAUUCUUCCCUCUCCGCCCCCCUCUCAGGCGGAGCCAGCCAGUGAUUGUUUGUGGGGCGCGGUGGGCGCUGGCACGGCGGAGCCAGUGAUUGACUGUGGGCCGCGGUGGGCUCUAGCGCGCUACCUUGAGGUGCUGGAAAAGCUGCUGCUCGUGCAGCGGGAAGCUGCGCAGAACCUUCUAGGGUCAUGCGCGGGCGGCACGGGCGGCUCGGGCAGGGGAGCGGGGGAAGGCGAGGGGGAGGUGUGGGAGGCGGUGGAGGCGUUGGAGGGGCUGUGUGCGCGCGGUGUGCAGCAGCUGCUGGAUGACUUCAGGGCUGCGCUGCUUGCCUGCAGGUACCACUGCCUCCUGUCUCUUCUGCUCAGCAGCGGCUGUGUGUGUGUGCGGGGGGUGCAGCAGCUGCUCGAUGGCUUCAGGGCUGCUCUCCUCGCCUGCAGGUACCGUUGCCUCUGCUCACCUCUUUCCCCCACAUGCCUCCACUCACCUCCCAGAAUUCUAAAGAAUACUCACAACGUUCCCCCCUUCCCCCCCUGUACCCACUACAGCCAGCCCCUAGACACAGCAGAGCUACACGAGGCGGCGGCAGCAGCAGCAGCCCACUCCUCCCGCUCCUCCUCCUCCGCCCACCAGGUCCCCGUCCACGCGCCCCCCUCCUCCUCCCCCUCCACCUCCGCCUCCUCCGCCCCCGCCCUCACCGCCAUUUCCUCCAAGUCUGGCCCGCUUCCCACCUCCGGUGCUAAGCCCAAGGGGCAUGCGCACAAGGGGGGUGGGGGCUCCGCAAGGGAAGGCGGGGAGGAUGGGGGUAGGCACUCCGCCCCCUUCCCCUCGCCUGCCCAUGCUGAUAGGCAUGGUUCUUCUGCUGCUGCUGGAGCUGCUGGUGGUGCUGCUGCUGGUGGUGGUGCUGCUAGUGGUGGCGCUGCUGGCGCCGGUGACGGGACAGGGUCGUUGGUUGGUGAUUCCGUUUCUGCGAGUGGGUCUGGGACAGGGAACAGUAUCCAUAGAAGUGGGAGUGGGGGCGGGGGGGGGAGUGGGAGGGCGAAGGGGAGGGAGAGGGAGGGGAGGCUGAUGAGGAGGCCCACGAAAUGGGUGGGGGCGGACAAGGCAGCGGUGGGGCUGCGGCAGGUGGUGCAGGUGCUGGCUAGAGCAGGCCACUUCGACCACUGCUUUGAUAUCUACAGGUGGGUGGGGCUGCUGGUGGGUGGGGCUGCUGGUGGGUGUGGUUGGAGCUGCAGAUGGAAGUGUUGCUGGUCGGUGCGAGAGGACUGUGUGCGGGAGACGAUAAAGGCGUUGGAUGUGGAGCCUAUAAGGGGUACGGCGCACGUGAACCAGCUGCCAUGGCAGCAGCUGCAGCACACCAUGACCGACUGGCUUAGAGACUGCCGCCUGCUGCUGCGCACGAUUAUGGAAGAGGAAUUCUCCCUUGCCACUUCCAUCUUCGGCAUACUCCACUCCACUUCACAGCACCGCACUGCCAGCCGCCGGGAACCCUCCCAACUCCUGCAAACCCCUUCCUCCGCCUCCUCCUCCACCACAGCCACCAACACAACCUUUUCCAACCCUCGCCUCCCCAGCCGCCGAUCCUCCAGCAUCCGAACCAGCAAGUCCGGGAGGUCCGGGAGCACCCGGACCUUGAGGCUGGGCGACGAGGCUGCAGCAGACUCAGGGAGGGCGAUCUCCCUGAAGAUAUUGCGGCAGGCGGGGAUGCCUCGCACGCUGUCAAUGUUGAUGCACAACGCCAACACGCUCACAGCUGCUCAGGCCACACCUGAAAGGCUCUUCCUGCUGCUCGACAUGGCUGCUGCUGUGGAUGAGCUCAUGCCGCAGGUGGAGCGGCUAGUGUGCUGGUCGGAUAGUGAAGGGUUGCUGGCGGAGUGGCGGGGGCUGACACGUGGCGUGGCCAAGGCGGUGUUGGGCACGUUUGAUGCGCUCACUGCCACGCUGCAGGUGCCCGUGGAGCAGCCACGCAGAAACAAGUGGCGGUUGUUCCGAGGUGAGGGCAGCAGCAGCGGCAAGGAGGGCGGGGGAGGGGGCGGGUACCCGCCUGGGUGGGGCGUGGAGAAGAGUGGGAGCGUGCAUGCCGUCACCAGCUAUGUGAUCAACUACAUUGCCACCUACCUGGGCAGGAGUGCCACGUCAUCACGGGCGUAUGGGUAUGGCACGAUGCUGGAGAAGCUGCUGGAGACACAUGGGGAGGGGAGGAGUAUGGAGGAGGAAACCAUGAAGGUGGUUGAUGCAUUGGUACGGAACAUGGAGGCAAGGGCCAGCACGUGCAACAACCCGCUGCUCAAGUCGCUCUUCCUCGUCAACAACAUCCUCUACAUCAACCGGUUGAGUGAAAAGAUUCACCUGCCCCUGGAGAAUCAGAAGCUGCUUGAGGCCCAAUCAAAGGCCUUCAGGGAGGCUGGGCUGCAGAAGGUGACGGCAUCGUUGGGCGGGCGAGGGAGGAGUGCCACCAUGGAGCCCAGUGAAGUCAACCGGCGCUUGCAUCGCUUCAACAUCGCCUUUGAGGACCUGGCGCUGGAGCAGAAGGACUGGGUGAUCUGCGAUGGCGCGUGGCGCAAGACCACGGUGCACGAAUGGGCGGCGCACGUCAAGCACAUCUACGAGGAGUUCCUGGAACCCCACAGUGAGUGCCUGCACACGCUCUCCUCCUACCACUGGGAGGCAGACGCGAUGGAGCGCCUCGUUCUCAAGUCGUUCUUCGCAACCUCCAGAUGA